CUUGUUSACUUAAAAUGCAUUUUCAAGGCAGCAGGUGGAAUUUCAUUUUCAAGUUAAACCAACUUCAAAUGUUUUACAGUGCUGCUGGAGGGAUUUUUGCUUCGACAUUUUUGCUAMAGUUUUGAUGCGUAACCGUGGCAACAUGGUUUUGUUUUUACAACUGCAAGCAGCUGAUUUGCAUCUCAAAAGCUCAAAGAUUUAAAUCAGAACUGCAAAAGCAAACAUGGUGGAUUAAAAGUGUUUUCCAACAAUUGAUUGUGUUAUGAAGGGCGCGUUASUUUGGAAUAUCGUCUCUGCGGCCUGAAUAUUGAGCUAUUAGCAUGUCAAAGUCUUCAGUCAGAGGCCUCUUCAGAGUCCUUGCAAGACUGACUGUUACCAGAGAUCUUCUGCCCACAGCAUCACCAUGAACAACAACUCUUAAGAUGGUUCUUUAUUAAUCCUGUGUGAAAUUCAGAUAUUGUGGUUGUGGCAUUCAUAAAGGUUACAUAAACACACGAUCAAGUAGUCAAAAUUCUCAUCAUUUACUUUUAAUAGAAUCAAAGUUUUUCGUAUUAGAGACUUUUUGAUUUAAGAUUUAAAACAUUUUUUUAUCAAAUGUGUAAAAAAAAAAAAUCUACAGAAAUCCAAAAAUGCCACAUCAAAGCUGAUGGUUAGAGCUGAGACAAGGAGGCGGUUUGUGAUAAUAAUCCAAAACUGCAAUAUUGCAAUACCCAUAUUUACAGCAGCAUGCUGAAAAUGUUAUGCUAGCUUCACCUUAAUUUUACCAAAACAUUUUGUUAUAGGCCUACUUACUCCAUUUCCAGGAUUGUUAUUUUUAAGUUCAAAUGAAAGCGGAACUAAAGUCAUUUCACAGUUUCUCCCAGAGCGUCACAGGGAGAAGCACGGGAGAUCCAAACAGAGCCUGACUGACAGCGUUAGCUUUGCAUCCGAGACUGUCAGGAGACUCCAUCCGUUCUUUUAGGCAGAGCAUUUCACUGUCUGCAGUAAAAAUGUCUUCAGUUCAGCCUCAGAGAGCGCUAAGUAAGGAGCAUGAAACUCCCGCUGAAAAAACAUUUCCUGAGUUUAAAGAAAUCAUCGUCAAGUCCGAAGAGGAGGUCGAUGAUCUGCCUCAGUAUUAUGACAGUAAAGACGACCAGCAGCCCUCUAACCAGGAGAAGAAAACCAGUUUGGACGAGGAGGAACCAGAACCUCUUCUGAUGAAACAGGACCAAGAGGAAGAAGAGGAGCAGGUGGAGCUGGUGCAUCUGGAGAUAAAAGAGGAAGAGGAGGAACUCUACAUCAGUCAGGAUCAAGAGAGCGUUGUGUUCAAGCAGGAGAUUGAUACUUCAAUGAUGACUCUUUGCAAUAAGGAAAAAUCUGCUUCUAAACGUAACCAGGAAGUUCCUGAAUCUAAGAAACAGGAAGCUGAAGACCCUGGAUCCAGAAAAGACGAAGAACCAAAACAAAACAGCUUCCUGAAAACUCACACAUUCAAGAAUCUGUACUCCUGUAAAAUCUGUGGCAAAAUUUUCCCUCAAAACAGUCACUUAACGAGACACAUGAGAAUUCACACAGGCGAGAAGCCGUUUUCAUGCGUCACCUGUGGAAAAUGCUUCAGUCAGAAAGGUAACUUAGCGUAUCACAUGAAGGGUCACACCGGCGAGAAGCCCUUCUCGUGCAUCACCUGUGGAAAAAGCUUCAGUUUCAAAAGUAUUUUACUCAUUCAUUCAAGAAUUCACACAGCUGAGAAGCCCUUCUCAUGUCUGACCUGUGGAAAAAGCUUCACCCAGAAAAGCAGUUUGACGUACCACAUGCGGGUUCACACGGGUGAGAAGCCGUUCUCCUGCAUGUUCUGCGGAAAAACCUUCAGGCAAAGAUCAAAAUUAACUCGUCACACCAGAAUCCACACUGGCGAGAAGGCCUAAGACUGAAGCGUCGAGGUGCUUUUGAAACUCAGCUGUUCAGAAUCUGGACUGAUUAAUGAAUAAUCACAGUUGACUACAUUUUUCUGAUGAAAAAAAACCCGAAUAGCACUAAAAUAUUAAUUACACUUACAUGUAAUGUCUUUCUGCCAAAUUUGAUCUCCCAGUUUAAAGGGAGGUUGAGUCGGCGAACCAAUCAGUGCUGAUGUUUGAUCUUUUUGUCUUCCUCUGCAUGGAUCUUCAUCGACUUCAAAGCAAGUCUGACUUGUGAUGUUUUUCCAGUGUACUUUUUUCAUAUGCGGACUGUUUUUGUUUAAGAAUGUUUAGUUUAGAGAAUGUGUUGAUAAAAUGAUUUAUAUGUCUGAUUUCAAAGUGACUUGGAAAAAAGAAAAAGUGUAGGUUUUUACAGAACAAAAUUGACUGAUUGUGAGUCACGACAAAUAUGAAGUCCUGGUUGCUAAUAGGGACCAUUGAAGUUUAAAUACAUCAAAGCAUAACUGACAUUUUAAUGUGAAUGUUUUCCUUCGUGUUCAGUGUUAUGAAUAGAAAAGGAAUAAAAACCUGGUUGAUGCCGCA